AUGGCGAAGCGGGAACACCGAGAUACGACUGCCGCGGCCAAGCGAGCUGCCCAGAUAGCUGACGAGACUGUGGACGCUGGGAGAAACACCUUGGUAGAGAUCCAUCGGCAAGGCGAGCAGCUGGAUCACAUCGAGCGGGGCCUUGACCACAUGGAGGAGGAUGUGAAGGAGGCCAGCUCCCUUGUGAAGUUCAUGCGGCGCUGGUGCUGCUGGCAGCUGUGCUGCUGCUGUUUGGAUCCGGAGCACAAGAAAGGGAGGCCGAGUCGCCAGCAGCGCCUCAAGAUGCGGGGCGUGACAAGCUUGGACCACCGAGAGGAGGUCGCCAACAAGCACAUGAGCGCCGCUGCCGCGGUGGACCGCCUCAUAAAGCGGGAUGACGUGGCUUACAACGGGGAUGAGACCGGUCAGCGCAGCGAGCUUUUCCAGACAGCAGAGGCCAUCAGGUCGGAGCGAAAGACCACGUCCAUCGGCUUUGGAAAGUUCCCGGGCAUGGCCGAGUCUGAUCGAUCUGAGCUCGACAGCGAGACUUUAAAGCAGGAAGGAUACCUGGACAGCAUUGGGAAGGCGGUGGAGAGCAUGAAGGCCCUCGGACAGGAGAUGUCGAACGAGCUCCAGGUCCAGGACACGCAGAUUGAGCGCCUGCCCACGCGGGCAGUCAAGGUGAACGACGACCUGAACCGGCUCAACAAGACCAUCGCCAAAAUCUGA